AGGUUCAUGCAUGCAGUAGCAAUUUUAUCAUUUGCGCACUGAAAUCGCAUUUUAUCGCGCUGCGAUGACUAAAUAGACAUUUCCUGAAUCAUUGAAUCUUACUAAAUAAAGAAUUUAAUGAAGAUACUUUGUGCUGUCAGUCAUCUCGCAAUCAUGUGCUAGAAAACUAACCAAGGGAUUUAAUGUCGAUCGAAAUUACGAGAGAGUGCAUUGCAAAAAGUGGAAAGGAUGCUGAGUUGUGGUGGUCUGUUCAGAAUCAUUAGACGCCGCCUCGUACUUGGACUGAUCUUUGCUUUGUCGCUCACCUACUGCGCCUUUUCGCUUUUUCGUAACGAGAGAAAAACAUUAGCUUUAGAUAAUGAUCUUGACGAUAUGGAUGCUAUGAUGGUUAAUGACAAUAAUGAUGAUCUGAUUUCCGAUGAUGAGGUAUUGCUGGAUCAAUUAAAAGUGUCUGGUAAGCCACCAUUGUGGCAGGCUGAACUUGAUCAAGAGGCAAAUGAUAACGCAUUAAAUAUGGAAGCAAUAUCUAACUUAAAUGACAGCGACAUUGUAACUCAGCCGUGUCGUAAUUCUGUCCAAGGAAAAGUUCUAAUAGUUGAUGAGCGAGGUAUUGUCUGUGCUAGACAAGAUAUUCUGCCAAAUGGCUGCUGUACUAUAGAGCAAAAGGAUCUACUGAAAAAUGAAGAAAAGUCCAUGGUAAAGAGAGAGAGGUAUAGUUGUAAAACGUGUAAUGACCAUGGGUGCUGUGCAAUUUAUGAAUAUUGUGUCUCCUGCUGCUUACAUCCUGGCAAGCAAAUAAAAGGAAGAAAGGAUAUGCUGUUAGGAUUGCUUAGAGACAACCAUAAGGUGCAUAGAGACCAAGAUGCGGUGAAGAAACGCCUCCGCAAUUUAGACCGCUUCCAGGUUUGCUUGGCGGCGUGUCGCACCUCCAGUGCGAGUGUUCGCUACGAGAAUACCUACAAAGAUCCACAUUCGAAACAUUGUUACACGUUUCAACCAUCGUAUUCUCAUCAAAGACAUCGGCGUGAUACUGAUUCUAUAAAUAAUAAUGGCGACAACCCUGUUGUCGUUGCAUCUUUUUCUGUCAUGCCGUUACUUACCCUUCUCUCUCCCAUCUGCCUAAUCGUAUACCCGAACAACGACACGAUGUUACUACCGUGCAACUAUCACGCUUUGAUGUCAAUUAGUUAUUAUUCGCACGUGCAACCACCUUGAAAUACAAAUCAAA